UGCAUGUGGCAAGGCUCUGUUGCAAUGGUAGAUCUGAAAGUUUGAGUAUGAGCACAGUUGAAGAGGAGUCUGACACAGUGACAGUAGAAACCGUGAACUCUGUGACUUUGACUCAGGACACUGAAGGGAACCUUAUACUUCAUUGCCCUCAAAAUGAAGCUGAUGAAGUAGAUUCUGAAGACAGCACUGAACCUCCACCCAAGAGGCUUUGCUUAUCAGAGGAUGAUCAAAGCCUUGAUGAUUCCACUCCGUGCAUUUCUGUUGUUGCAGUUCCAAUUUCAGAAAAUGAUCAGAGCUUUGAGGUGACCAUGACUGCUACCACUGAGGUAGCUGAAGAUGAGAUUAACGAAGGAACUGUUACUCAGAUUCAGAUUCUGCAGAAUGAACAGCUGGAUGAAAUCUCCCCAAUGGGCAAUGAAGAAGUGUCAGCUGUUAGUCAAGCCUGGUUCACAACCAAAGAAGAUAAGGAUUCUCUGACAAACAAAGGCCAUAAGUGGAAGCAAGGGAUGUGGUCAAAGGAAGAAAUUGACAUUUUGAUGAGUAACAUUGAGCGUUACUUAAAGGCCCGUGGAAUAAAAGAUGCCACUGAAAUUAUAUUUGAGAUGUCAAAAGAUGAAAGAAAAGAUUUCUACAGGACGAUCGCGUGGGGCCUGAAUCGGCCUCUCUUUGCUGUCUACAGGAGAGUUCUGCGCAUGUACGACGACAGGAACCACGUGGGGAAGUAUACUCCUGAGGAAAUUGAAAAGCUUAAAGAGCUGAGGGUAAAGCAUGGCAAUGAUUGGGCCACAAUAGGAGCUGCACUGGGGAGAAGUGCUUCAUCUGUGAAGGACCGCUGUAGAUUGAUGAAGGAUACCUGCAACACAGGGAAGUGGACAGAGAAAGAAGAGAAGAGGUUGGCAGAAGUAGUGCAUGAGCUGACGAGCACAGAGCCAGGCGACAUUGUCACACAAGGUGUGUCGUGGGCUGCGGUGGCCGAACGGGUCGGGACGCGCUCGGAGAAGCAGUGCCGCUCCAAAUGGCUCAACUAUCUCAACUGGAAACAGAGUGGGGGCACUGAGUGGACCAAGGAAGAUGAAAUCAAUCUCAUCUUGAGGAUAGCGGAACUUGAAGUUUCUGAUGAAAAUGACAUCAAUUGGGAUUUACUAGCUGAAGGAUGGAGUAGUGUCCGCUCACCACAGUGGCUCCGGAGUAAAUGGUGGACCAUUAAAAGGCAGAUUGCAAACCACAAAGAUGUUUCAUUCCCUGUGCUGAUAAAGGGUCUUAAACAACUCCAUGAGAACCAAAAAAACAAUCCAGGGCACCAGCUUUCAGAGCCCAAAUCUGGCAGUGGAUUACCCAACAGUAAUUGCAGCUCGGGGGUUCAGCACGUGCAGAUCCGAGUGGCUCGGCUGGAGGAGAGCGCCAGCAGCACGCCCAGCCCCGUGGCAGCCCUGCAGAUCCCAGUCCAGAUCACACACGUCUCCUCAACCGAUUCCCCUGCUGCUACUGUUGACUCUGAGACAAUAACACUAAACAGUGGAACACUACAGACCUUUGAGAUUCUUCCAUCUUUCCACCUGCAGCCGACGGGCACGCCGGGCACAUACCUACUGCAGACCAGCUCCAGCCAAGGGCUGCCCGUGACGCUGACGGCCAGUCCUGCCGUGACGCUGGCGGCAGCCCCCGCCUCCCCCGAGCAGAUCAUAGUCCAUGCCCUGUCGCCAGAGCAUUUGUUAAACACCAGUGACAACGUGACAGUGCAGUGCCACACGCCAAGCGUCAUCAUCCGCACGGUGGCUGCUGAGGAGAUCUCCUCCUCUGUCACACAGGCAGAGCUUGCUGUGGAUCCAGACAUGCAGUCAGCUGACCUGACAGCUCCUCCCGAGACCCUAGAGACAAACACCUUCCCAGGAGAUAUCCAUCAGUCCAAGCUGGGUGACGAAGAGCAGUCAGUCUACAAUGGAGAGGAUGCCUCCCAGUUCAACAACAGGAACAGCAGUGAACUGAUGGAUGGAGUUAUAGUAAGAACUGAGGAGGAGGUUUCAGCUGCCAGCCUCAAACAGGAAGAGCAUUCUCACACUGACUUACCCAGCUCUUACGUUACUGAGGACCUGGGCUCUCCAACGAUAGAAGAACAAGUUGAUCAGCCUACGAUAGAUGAUGAGACUGUGCUUAUUGUUCCUUCUUCCCAUGGUUUCAUCCAGGCAACGGAUGACAUAGACAGCGAGUCAGUCUUGCCCCUGACAACACUAACAGAUCCUAUCCUGCAGCAUCACGGAGAUGGGUCACACAUUAUUGGCUCAUCGUUGGGCAGUCCUGACUCGGAAGACUCAAAGGAUGUUGAAGAUUUAGUGAGCUGUCACUGAGGAGUAAAUGAUGUCCAUUUUCUAUUGAUUAUGUCUGCAUUGUGAAAUUAGUUACAACCCUGUGCCACCUUUCCAAAGCAAGCAGUCAGUCCGUAUCUUGAAAGAGAAGCUUCCAGUUUGAAGUGACUGCAGUGCACCUUCUCUGCUCAGGCUAUUUACCUCAUUUGUCACGGGUGAGAGAGCAGCCAGCCCAGCCUGGUGUGCUACAGCUGAUCUCAGCC